UACUUCCAAAUCUGUUAUUAGAGUUAACCCCCCUUGUAUUAAAAUGGUUGGAAAUGCAAACAUCGAUCUGCUUAUUAGCAACAAAUCGCCUGUUUAAACUUUCUUUUACCGACAAGCAAAAUCAUUUUCAAAGUUGAAGUUGUUAACGCAGUGAUAGAAUCAACAGUUUGCCAUGACAGUUUAGGAAUCAGGUCAUCAUGUAAAACCCGCAAUCAUUUUAACUGUCCAUCAUUACCAUACAAUAAAGAUGGAGGGCAGAUUGAGGAAAAUAGUUGGUGUGGUUCUACUCUACUGGGUAACGUCUAUAUCCAUCGUAUUUUUGAACAAGCACCUGCUCAGUGGUCGAUUUGGAAAACAUGAUUUAUCCAUCUUUGUUGCCUGGUUUCAGUGUCUCGUAUCAGUGGUUGUUUUAUUAAUAGCUAAAUCUGCGACACGUUACGUCAGUAUUCCGUCAUUAGACCUGGGUAUUUUGUUGAACAGCAACGUAUUAUUAUUAUCAAUCAAUUUUGUGGCAUCAUUGACGUUAAACAAUCUGAUGUUAAAACAUGUUGCCGUCGCAUUUUAUCAAAUAGCUCGUUCGUUUACACUCAUAUUCACGAUCAUACUUUCUGUGUUUAUGUUGAAAAAGAGCAUAAAAUGUCUGACAUUGUUCUCGUGUUUUCUAGUAAUUUGUGGAUUUUUUGUGAGUGUGGAAGAAGAAGAACAAUCCGGGACGUUAUCCAUCUGGGGAAUUAUUUACGGAAUUUUGUCCAGUUUAUCCGCAGCAUUCUGUGCCAUCUAUUUUAGGAAAGUGGAUGAAGUAAUGAACGGAAGUCCGAUUAAGAUAGCGUAUUAUAAUAACGUUAACAGUUUCUUUAUAUUUUUACCAUUAGUAAUUAGUACAAAUCAACUAACCUACGUGUUUAGUUCAGACAUUAUUUAUGAUUAUUUUUUCUGGUUGUAUCUAUUUUUGUCUGGAUUAAUGAGUUUAACGAUUGGAUGGGCGAGUGCUUUACAGAUUCAAUACACAUCUCCUGUCACUCAUCACAUCAGUAUCAACGCCAAGUCUGUCGCUCAAACCCUUCUAGCCAUAAUGUAUUACAGAGAGGUGAAGACAUUCUGGUGGUGGGUAGGAAAUAUGUUAGUUAUGUUAGGAAUAAUGUCAUACGCAUUCUUUAAAAUGAAAGAAGAGGACAAAUCCAUUCCAAAGAGUUUCACUAAAAAGCCUCUGGAAAAAGCAGCCAUCUUUUGAUCAAAUAGCCAUGAUGAAGUUGUACAUAUGAAGAGUUUAUUUGUAAUAUGAAUCUCUUAAAUUAUUGUAUUGGCCUUAGAUGAUUCUCAUUGACGUGAAUUCUGUGAACCAAAUAAAUUAGCCUUUAACUAGUAUACUCUACUCUAACAUCUCCCUGUAUCACUAAUACACUAUACUCUAACGUUUAAUACACUCUACUCUAACAUCUCCCUGUAUCACUAAUACACUAUACUCUAACGUUUAAUACACUCUACACUAACAUCUUCCUGUAUCACUAAUACACUAUACUCUAACGUUUAAUACACACGACUCUAACAUCUCCUUGUCUCACUAAUACACUAUACUCUAACAUUUAAUACACACUACUCUAACAUCUCCCUGUAUCACUAAUACACUAUACUCUAACGUUUAAUACACUCUACUCUAACAUCUCCCUGUAUCACUAAUACACUAUACUCUAACGUUUAAUACACACUACUCUAACAUCUCCUUGUCUCACUAAUACACUAUACUCUAACGUUUAAUACACUAUAGUACAUUAUACUCUAACCUCUCCCUUAUACACUAUACUCUAACCCCUUAAUGCCUAAUAUACCAGUCUGAGAUUCUUAGCCCAUGGCUUCACUAUAGCAAUGAUGUUCACUUUUUAAAAUUGUCGUCGCCCUUGUCCGGCCGUCCGUUCACAUUUUGUUUGUGGAUGCUCUACAGAUCACAAUUUUUAUCCGAUUUUGACGAAACUUGAAAUGUGUGUUUGUAUCCCAAAGAUCUCGUUUCCUUGCGAUAUUGACACAUAUUGGGCCAUAACAUCCUGGGUUAUUUCCCCUGAUUGUAUGAAAAAUCCUGUUUUUUAACGUGUUCUCUGUUCAUCUCUUGCAAUAUGUGGGCGUAUGUUUCGUUGCCUGGCAACAGCUUUUUUUUGGUUGGCUCUCCCUUCUUUUUAAAAAUUACGAAAUCUUCACUGGGCUACUGUAGAGUACAUGAAAAAUUGAUCCAGUAAUUAAUUAAGUUUAAAUUUAGACUAAUAAAGUGGUAAAAACUGUUUUGACACCAGGUGUUUGUACUACAUUGGUUUUAUUAACUCAUUCAAACGGCUACAAAGGAAAACAUAAAAUCGAUUGAUUCUUUUCUACUGGUGGAUUAGUUCUAUUGACACAGCUGGUCCAUUACUUUCUAUUGUUACGUAUCUAUGAAUAAAUGAUUGAAACAUAUUUGGAAUUUAACUGGGUUAAAAUUAACGGGGUCAAUAAUAAUUGGCUCAGUUAAAUAUACCUAACUGUUAAAAUUAUGAAAUGAAAUCUGUGGGUUGAUCUGAUAAUGUUUUUAUUGGUGAUCAGAUUACAAGAUUACAUUUUUAUAGGCUCAUAUUACAGUGUGAUAUAUAAUAAUAAAUAGAAUACAAUAUCUACAAUACAUCCUUUUAUCAGAAUUAAAACUUGUUAUUCAUUAAAAUAUAUGUGGAACAGUUUCUUUUAAAGAUGAGGGGGGUGGAUGGCUGAAUGGUAGCUCGUGUCAUUGAGUCGACUGGCGUGGUUUCGAAUCCCCGGUUGUACGUGGCAAGGAGUAGGGUCGCCUGUCCAACUUCGUGGGUUUUCUCCAGGUCCUCCGGUUUCCUCCCACUGCUAAAGACCCAUACGCGCAAGCGAAUUAUGUAAAUGAAAUUAAAACCAUAUGUUAGUCCCGAAAUGACCUAGUUUGUGUCGAGUGGACAUCAAACCCCAUUUCUCUCUCUCUCUCUUUUUAAAGAUGAAUAAGGCCAAAAACAUUAAGAUUUUGUUAAGAUUAUUCUUAUUAUUAUUAUUUUUUUUUUCCACUUGAGCAUAUCUCAGAAACUACUUGUCGGAUCAAUUCGAUGUCUUCGGUUUUACUGGGAUUACUGACUUAGAGACUUACUGACUUAGAGAUUAAAGCUAUUUCGAACGUUCUGCGACUAUGCGAAAUGUCCGAAAUGCCAAAGUUGUCGUUUUUUGAAAUAUUGCAGUAAUAUUAACAAUAAUCGUCGGAUUUUAACAUUGGAUACAUUUUGACAUAGUCUGAGACAGGGCACAUGGCUACGGUAGUUUAGAUUUUUGAUUUUCGACGAAUCUUCGGAGAUAUUAGGCGCCAAAUUUUGACAAAAAACUUUUUUAUUAAUGAAUAAUUUUUUACGGCAUUUUACCCAGGGUUGAGGGGUCGUCUGAUUUGAUAAAAAAUGUGAACAUUUUUUGUCUCGAUAAUUUUUUUUGCCGCUAUUGGCUAAUUCAGUUUAUCGGUUCUAGGUUAAUUAUUUAUUGCCCGAUUUUUAUAAAACAAAGUUCAUAUGCUCCAUGGUGCAAAUUCUCAAUUUUUUUAUUAUCGGUAAAGUUUUUUAUCGGUAGCGGAUGUGACGCAAUUUUGCUAAAAACUCCAAUUUUGUCGAGUCGGAAUGUCUUUUCACUAGCAAAUGUUAAUUUUUGCAAAUCUGAUAGAUCAAGAUAAAUGCCCCUACAAAAGGCGCACAAAAUGUCGGACUCACUUUUUUUAAUUUUGGUUUUGUAUUUGCGCCAUUUCGAUUUAAAGGUGAAAAAAGGUGUAAAAAUGAGCUAUUUACAACCCAUUCAGGCUUUUCAUAUUUCAAAAUAUUUCUUCGCAACUUUCAUAAACUUGUAGCAUUAAUCCAUACGAAGAGAAUCUAUCUCAAAAUUAGUUUGUAAUAUGAGUAUUUGCCGAGAAAUGGUCAAUUUUGCAUGAGUCACUUUUUACGCUAUUUUGCUUGUAAAAGAGCCUAUUAUUAUUGGAUUUUCAUAAAAAUGACACCAUUUGAUGCGUAAUGUCAAUUUUGACUAGUUCAAACCAAUUUAACAUUUUCAAUGUCGCCGGAAAUGGCGCCAUUUGGGCAAAAAUGUAUUUAUAGCCCUCAAAACAGAUAUUUUAUUCAAACGAGUCUGGUUUGUAAUGUUUUCAAAAUUAUGAUAUUUGAUUCCAAUCAACUAAUAGAAUAAACCCAUACGAUCAUAUUGAUAUCACAACAUGUUUUCUAACUUGUUCAGUUGUGGAGAAAUAGGCGAUUUUCAGCAGGUCACUUUUCAAAGUUUUUGGUCCAUAAAAGUGGCAAUUAUUAUUCGAUUUUCAUAAAAAUUUCACUGUGUGAUACCUAACGCCAUUUAUGAUUUCAUACAAGUAAUUUAGUUUUUUCAUUUUCACCGGAAGUACCGUCAGUUUGUCAAAAACUGUAUUUUUAGCCUCUAAAAAAGUAAUUGUUUGAAGUAAGCGAUAUUCAUUGUUGGUGUAAAAUUAUGAUAUUUGAUUCCUAUGGACAAAUAGUAUCAAUCAAUACGAUCAUAUUGAUAUCACAAAAUAGUUUCUAACACUUUCCCUUGCCGAGAAAUAACCAAUUUUGUCAGGAUCACUUUUUAAGAUUUUUUGCAUAUUAAUUUCAGUGUAUGGGUUCUGGGUUAAUUAUUUAUUGCCUUAUUUGUGUAAAAGAAAAGCCCACCUGGUGCAAAUUCUCAACUUACUUCUACAUAUAAAAGUUUCUGACGGCACCGGAAGUGAUGUAAUUUUGGCCAAAACUUCAAUUUUGAUGUGUCGAAAGGUCUUUUAAAAGCAAAUAUUAAUGUUUACAAAUCUAAUAGAUCAAGAUGAAUGCUCAUACUAAAGACGCAAAACAGAUAUUUUAUUCAAACGAGUCUGGUUUGUAAUGUUUUCAAAAUUAUGAUAUUUGAUUCCAAUCAACUAAUAGAAUAAACCCAUACGAUCAUAUUGAUAUCACAACAUGUUUUCUAACUUGUUCAGUUGUGGAGAAAUAGGCGAUUUUCAGCAGGUCACUUUUCAAAGUUUUUGGUCCAUAAAAGUGGCAAUUAUUAUUCGAUUUUCAUAAAAAUUUCACUGUGUGAUACCUAACGCCAUUUAUGAUUUCAUACAAGUAAUUUAGUUUUUUCAUUAUCACCGGAAGUACCGUCAGUUUGUCAAAAACUGUAUUUUUAGCCUCUAAAAAAGUAAUUGUUUGAAGUAAGCGAUAUUCAUUGUUGGUGUAAAAUUAUGAUAUUUGAUUCCUAUGGACAAAUAGUAUCAAUCAAUACGAUCAUAUUGAUAUCACAAAAUAGUUUCUAACACCUUCCCUUGCCGAGAAAUAACCAAUUUUGUCAGGAUCACUUUUUAAGAUUUUUUGCAUAUUAAUUUCAGUGUAUGGGUUCUGGGUUAAUUAUUUAUUGCCUUAUUUGUGUAAAAGAAAAGCCCACCUGGUGCAAAUUCUCAACUUACUUCUACAUAUAAAAGUUUCUGACGGCACCGGAAGUGAUGUAAUUUUGGCCAAAACUUCAAUUUUGAUGUGUCGAAAGGUCUUUUAAAAGCAAAUAUUAAUGUUUACAAAUCUAAUAGAUCAAGAUGAAUGCUCAUACUAAAGACGCAAAAUAUGUCUUGCUUUGUUUUGUUUUUUUUAUUUCGGUUUUGCAUUUGCAUCAUUUUGAUUUAAAGCUGAAAAAAGGUGUAAAAAUGAGCUAUUUACAAUGAAUGCAUUCAGAUUUUUCAUUUCUUACAAUAUUUCUUGACAACUUUCACGAACCUGUAGCAUUAAUCCAUACGAUGACAAUUUAUGUCAAAAUUAGUUUGUAAUAUUAGCAGUUGCCGAGAAAUAGGCAAUUUUGCAUGGGUCACUUUUCACAUUAUUUUGCCUGUAAAAGAGUUAAUUAUAAUCCGAUUUUCUUUUUUUUUUCACCAUAUGAUGCCUAAUGCCAUUUUUGACUGGGUGGAUCCAAUUAUACAUUUUCAGUGUCACCUGAAAUGGCGUCAUAUGGGCAAAAACUGUAUUUAUAGCCUUCAAAACAGAUAUUUUUUUUAGAUAAGUCUGAUUUGUAAUGUUUUUAAAUUUAUGAUCAUUGAUUGCAAUUAACAAAUAGAAUGAAUCAAUACGAUCAUACAGAUACCACAAAAUGGUUCCUAACUUUUACGGUUGCAGAGAAAUAGACGAUUUUCUACAAGUCACUUUUCAAGGUUUUUGGUCUAUAAAAGUGUCAAUUAUUAUUUGAUUUUCAUAAAAUUUUCACCAUUUGAUGCCUGAUGCCAUUUAUGAUUUCAUGGAACUAAUUUAACAUUUUCAUUAUCACCGGAAGUAAUAUCGUUUUGGCAAAAACUUUAUUUUUAGCCUUCAAAACAAAUAUUUUUUUAAGUGAGUUAUAUUUAUUAUUCGUUUAACAUUAUGACAUUUGAUUCCAAUGGAGAUAUAGAUUGGAUCAAUACGAUCAUAUAGAUGUCCAAAAAUUGCUUCUACCAUCUUUCUUUGUCGAGAAAUAACCAAUUUUGCCAGGAUCCCUUUUUAAGACUUUUUUUCACAUUUUAAGUUCCCAUUAGAUAGUCAGUUAACUUAGUGGUAAGUUAGUAAUAAAUUUUGUCAGGAUCACAUUUUUGACAUAUCUAACGCAUGGUAACAAAUGUAUAAAUGGAAUUGAUAUUGCUGGAUUUGGUUGAUUCUGCGUCCAUUCCUUAACACGUGUGCAAUACUAACGUUGAAAUCUGUUUAGCGGUUUCAUUGGUACCGAAUGUGACAUAAGUUCAUGGGUAACGAGGCACCGGAAGUGACAUAAGUUCAAGGGUAACAUGGCACCAGUGAAACCCGUCAUUACUGCGUCGCAGUUCUAGUUUAUUAUAAUGAGUUUAUUGAACAAUGAUUUAAAUAUGUACCAUGAUAUUGUUUGUUUUGUCAGCUAAUUAUAUUUUCAAUAAUUUAUUGUAUAUAAUGAUGUAGAUAUGAUAAUAAUAAUAAUAAUAAUGUUGCACAGUAUCCAUAACUAAUAGUUAGAUAAAGCGUGCAUACUGAUUAUCUGUCAGUUCAUUUAGGCCAUACAAAAAAAUAUUCCGGUUCUCCAACAAUCAAGGAACAAAUUUGAUGAAAUGACUUCAACCAGCCCCAGGGACCCACAGACUCGGUAACUACAUGAUGUAGAUACGAUUAAACAAGACCCCAACACGCUCUCAACACGACCAACAAGGCCUUAACAUGCUCUCAACCCGACCAACAAGGCCCCAACACGCUCUGAACACGACCAACUUAGACCCCAACACGCUCUGAACACGACCAACAAGACCCCAACAUGCUCUCAACACGACCAACAAGACCUUAACACAACCGAACGCGAUCAAAAUAAAAAAUGUGACCUCUAGAGGGUCCACAAGCAAAAAACUGUAUUGUUUGUACAAUCACUAGACAUAAUCAAGAAGUUACGAUCCAAUGUGCGUGAAUUUUUGUCUGAUUUUGAUGAAACAGAAAAUUUAUAUGUUAUAUCCCGAAGAUCUUGGUUCCUUUUGAUAUUCACGCAUAUCGGAUCGUAAAAUCCAGAAAUAUGGCCCCUAAUUGUACAAAAAAUACAGUUUUUAGCUUGUGGACCCUCUAAAUGUCGCAAUUUUUAUCCGAUUGUACAAAACGUUUAUAUAUAUCAGUGUUACAACCUAAUGACGGGUGAGUUUGAAUUUCAAGAAAAUGAGACCAAAACUACCCAACAAAAUGGAUGAUCCUUGUACACAAAUAGUGUAAAAGUAUUUAAUAUCAAACUUAAAAUAUAUGUUUAAAUGCCAUAGAUUUCAAUUCCUUUUGAUAUUUGUGCAUACCGGACUAUAACUUCCUGGAUUAUGUCCCCUAAUUGUACGAAAAAUUGCUUCUUGUUAGUUUGUUUUUUUUGUCAAUCUCUUGCAAGAUGUGGGCGUAAAUGUAUCUUGCAUGGCAGCCGCUUGUUUUAAACAAAAAUAUGUCUUGCGUCGUUUUUGGAAUAUUUGUUUUAAAUGGAUUUAUUUGUACCGACUACAUAAUCUAAAUGAUAAGAUGUCACAUGUGUAUGACUAGAGAAUUUAAAGAACCAUUAGUGAUAACAAAGGUCUUCGAUGAUGGGUAAAGAAAUAAUGUUUGAUUUGGGUGUGAUUUGAAUACACAGUUCAAUCAUAUUAGAUUUAUAUAAAUUUGAUAAACGUUUGCGAAUCUGUGAUAAUACUUUGUGAACAAAUCAUUAUUGAGGAAUCAAACAUCACUUCGAGCUUUACUGAAAGAUACAUUAUAUAAGAUUUAGACCCAGAGCUGGCCAUUCUUGCUAUAAUAGAUCAAAAAUAGAUAAUCCAAAAUAAAAUAUUGAAAAUUUAAUUCAAAUUACUCUAUUGUGAGCAAAGAUAUUAGCCAUCGAUGGUUGGAUAAGAUGUGUGCAUAGUGGAAACCAGGGCACUGGUAUAUUCGAGACUUAGCCUGGCUUUCCCAUUUAUAAAUUAAAUUUUUAAAUGGCAAACUGUUCUAAUCUAGUUAAGUAGUAGUUAUUAGCACACUUUCCGAGGUGUAUCGGUGAAUAUCAGGACAGUUUUGGUCGAGUGGCCCAGCCGAGGCGGCUCCCGACCAAAUUUGUCCUGAUAUUCACCGAUACACCGAGGAAAGGUGCUAAUAAGUUACUUACAUCACAUUUCUAUCGAGUAUUGUGAAGCAAAAUGUGAAAAAUAGUAUUUAUUAUCGAGUCGUUUCCACCGAAAAGUGACAAAUACUUUCUGCUCUUUCAUUUAUCCCUUUCUGAGCCUCACGUUACAUUUCAUGGUAAAAUGAUUUCGCAGCGGAGAGACGACCUGAGUAGUAUUUACACGUGCGUCUUGCUAUGAUACUCUGAGCGUAAAACAAUCACGUGUUUGUUUAGACCACAUUGUCAAAACAACUUGUCUAUGGCAUAGAGGACUGCGAUAUUAUUAAAUGUAGUGUAAAGGAAAUGCGAAACGUGGGUCAUUCCUGGUGAAAGUAUGCAUCGGCGGAUGGUUCUCCCGUUGAAAUUUAUUUGUAAUAAAGUUUAUGACUUUCUAGGCGUUUUUUUUUCAUCCUGCUUAUUUUCAAUGCCUGUGAAGUGUCCAGCAAGAGAACUGCGCCUUCUAUCAUCACAAUUAAUUAAAAUAAUUAUUCAAUAUUCUAAUUUAUAUAUUUUGCAUAUUAAUAUAAAUCAAACCAAAUUAUGAAAUAGAUACCAAUUGAUAUGUAUAAUAAUUGAUUUUUGUAAUAUGUUGUUAUGUUAAUUUAAUGUCAUUGUAUAUGUUUUUGAACUGCCAUGUAGUUCCAACCGGUUUGUUUUGUUACUAUGAUUUUGACUAGUUGUUUCAUGUACAUUAUUCUUGUGCAUUGUAUAGAGCCAUUAUCAAUUGCGAUUUGGCUGGGUCGGACGUUUCCGUUACUUAUUGCUUGAUAGGUAUCUAAUACAGUGUUUCCGCUACUUAUAUAGGUAUCUAAUACAGUAUAAAAGUAUCCGUGUAUCAGAAUUGAUCAGUACUCUUUCUGUAUAUUUCUGAUACACGGAUACUUUAAAGCAAGUAUUGAAAAUAAACAGGACAGUUUUAUCAAAAGUUGCCAGUGGCAACGAGUAGAAGUGGGAUGUAAAAUCUUGGAUAUCUGAUGGCAUUGAGAGUUGAUUAUGGUCUUGUUUUGUUAAUAAAUGUCUACUUAAUAGUUUAUAUAACAUUUCAGGCCUAAAGAAAGACCUGCAAUAGGCAGAUUUAGCACUUACAUAAUGUAUGUUUAAAUUUGUUACUAGCGAUACAUGUUAUGAAGAUGUGAUAUUUAUAAAGUAACAUUCCAAUUAUUUCCUUAUUUUAUAGUAUGCCUGUAUAAAGUAACAUGACAGAUGGCCUGACAAGGACAACUGUCUAGUCGUUCGGAUGGGACAAAAAACAAGGCCCCAUAUACGCGUAUUGGUGUGCACGUAAACGAUCCCUUGGCAGAUGGAAUUCGAUAUAAGAGUAGGCCAUAGUGCUGCUGUCCGGUCCUGUGUCUACAAUUAGCAGCAUGUUCAAAAUUGGAAAUAAGAAUUAGAGUAGGCCUUGGUGCAUAAAAUUAUGCUUUUUAUUUUGCGAUAUUAAAAAAUAUAGGAAUAGAUUUUAAACAAAUUUACACAAUUUUUUUUAAAAAAAUCAAAAUGCAAACAAACUGUUUUAGGUGGAAUACUGUAUGGGCUGACUGCACUAGUCGGGGUAGGGUUUGAAUUGACAGUAUGGGCUGAAUCCACUAUUAAGGGUAGGGUUAGAAUUGACAGUAUGGGCUGACUCCACUAGUUGGGGUAGGGUUAGAAUUGACAGUAUGGGCUGACUCCACUAGUUGGGGUAGGGUUAGAAUUGACAGUAUGGGCUGACUCCACUAGUUGGGGUAGGGUUAGAAUUGACAGUAUGGGCUGAAUCCACUAUUCAGGGUAGGGUUAGAAUUGACAGUAUGGGCUGACACCACUAGUUGGGGUAGGGUUAGAAUUGACAGUAUGGGCUGAAUCCACUAUUCAGGGUAGGGUUAGAAUUGACAGUAUGGGCUGACUCCACUAGUUGGGGUAGGGUUUGAAUUGACAGUAUGGGCUGACUCCACUAUUCAGGGUAGGGUUAGAAUUGACAGUAUGGGCUGACUCCACUAGUUGGGGUAGGGUUUGAAUUGACAGUAUGGGCUGACUCCACUAGUUGGGGUAGGGUUUGAAUUGACAGUAUGGGCUAACUCCACUAGUCGGGGUAGGGUUUGAAUUGACAGUAUGGGCUAACUCCACUAGUCGGGGUAGGGUUUGAAUUGACAGUAUGGGCUAACUCCACUAGUCGGGGUAGGGUUUGAAUUGACAGUAUGGGCUAACUCCACUAGUCGGGGUAGGGUUUGAAUUGACAGUAUGGGCUAACUCCACUAGUCGGGGUAGGGUUUGAAUUGACAGUAUGAGGACCUAGGUUGGGUCAGCAGUUAUUGGAGUAUGAUGUAGAUGGCCCUGUGUUGUAGAGAUUAGUAAUAAUUUGGUCAUAGAUUAUAAAAUUAUAGAUAAUUAUAGAUAAAAUUAAAUUUUAUUGCCUUUAUUUUUUUGUAUUUAGCACAAUAAUAAUAAAUAACUGUUUAACUUGUUUAUUGAAUAAUGUUCAGUUGAUGUAUCUUUACAUAAAAUUAUAUCAAAAUA